UUCCCUGCCUGUCUGUGUGCUAUCUGCGUGUCGGUGCUCUGAGAGCAGACAGAAGGGUUUCGUCUCUCUGUGUCCGUGUGAGCGGCGAUCCCGUGGGAUUUUGCAGACUUCCCUGCUGGCUAGUCCGGAGAGCCCGUGUGCACAGAGUUCUGACCAUGGGCAGCACGUCGACCAACAUGCGCCUGAAACUGCCCCUGCUCUGCCUGCUGCAGGAGAUCCUGCUCAUCAUCCUCUUCGCUGUUUUUGUCCGUUAUGAUGGUGACACCGACCCCAGGGAGUGGUUCAGACUGAAGGCACAGGACAACAUCACCGACAGCGACAAUGCUUUCUACUUUAGGUAUCCCAGUUCUUCCAGCAUGAUCAAUGCCGACUUCUGCACCGGGUCUGUCCUGAUCUCGUUUGGAGCUCUGCUGGGGAAGACCAGCCCUGCCCAGCUACUGAUCAUGACUAUGUUCGAGUCUGCCCUGUUCUCCAUCAAUGAGUACGUCCUGCUUUCAGUGUUACAGAUACAGAUGCCGGGCCUUCGGAAACUUGGUUUCCGAUCUCCGUCGGAGAGGGAGCGGUGA